AUUAAAAGUGACAUCGUUCGAUUCGUCCUACAAAUAAUGUCAAGCUCCAUUUUCUGGAGGCCGUACGUGAAAUUAAUCCAACCCACAUCUUAUAAAAAUCAAACGAUAUCCACAAUACCCCUUCGUCAUCGUCGUCCCCAGCUAGCUAUAUCCCCUGCAGCAUCACAUCAUCUGCAAAAUUCUUCAUGCACCCUAGCUACUACCUUAGCUCGCAUUGAUCCAUCCAUCCAUCCAUCCAUGGAGGACUACGCCCAAACCAACCUGAUCUCGAGAGGCCAUGGCCAUCAUCAUCAACCCGAGCUCAUGAAGGAAUUCCCUUUCCUCAGCCUCAUUUCAUCUACCUCUUCUUGCAUCAGCAGCAGUGGUCAGCAGCAGCAGCAGCAGCAAGAUGAUGAUGGCCAUGGCGGCCAUGAUCGUCAUCAGCUGCUCCGGUACGGUUGCUGCAGCUGCAACAAACAGCAGGAGGAAGAGGAGGAGGAGGUCACGGUUGCCUUGCGCAUAGGCCUACCGGCCGUCUCGUCGGCGUCGGCGUCGCCGUCGCCGGCGAUGGCGAACCAUGGGGCUAGUGCUUCUAGUACAGGAGUUGCUGGAGAUGAUGGCGGCGGCGGCGCCAUGGCCGGCGUGGGUGUGGAGGUGGAGAGCGUGCGGAGGAGCGGCGGCGGUGGCGGCGGCGGGCAGUACUGGAUCCCGACGGCGGCGCAGAUCCUCGCCGGCGCCACCCAGUUCUCCUGCCCCGUCUGCCGCAAGACCUUCAACAGAUACAACAACCUCCAGAUGCACAUGUGGGGGCACGGGUCGCAGUACCGGCGAGGCGGGACGGCGGCGCUGCGCGGGGCGCAGCCGACGGCGAUGCUCCGGCUGCCGUGCUACUGCUGCGCGGCGGGGUGCCGCAACCACAUCGACCACCCGCGGGCGCGGCCGCUCAAGGACUUCCGCACCCUGCAGACGCACUACCGCCGCCGCCACGGCGCCCGCGACUUCGCCUGCCGCCGCUGCGCCAAGCGCUUCGCCGUCCGCGGCGACUGGCGCACCCACGAGAAGAACUGCGGCCGCCUCUGGCGCUGCGCCUGCGGCGCCCACUUCCGACACAAGCGCUCCCUCAACGACCACGCACGGGCCUUCGGCGCCGCCCACGCCCACGCCGGCGCCGGCGCCGGCGCCGAAGACGACGGCCGCGCCGCCGCCGCCGCCGCCGGUGUGCUGCGAUGACCUUAAUUUAUAUAUAUGUGAGUGCGAAAUUAAUUAGCUGAUUAUUGGUUAGUUUCAGGUUAUUUUUUUAGUAGAAAAUUAAUUUGUUUGUGAUCGAUCAUAUAUAUAUGUGGAGGACUCUCUUAAUUGUUUUUUUGUUUGGUUUGAUUUGAUUUGAUGUGUAUUGCAUGCAAUUUGCAGUUUGGGUGUGAGAUCUUAAUUAUAUUAAUUAAACACUAUAUAUAUACA